AUGGACUACUCGGAGGACUCAGAGGCAGAAUACACCACGAAUAGGCGCAUGAGUGCUCGCGCUCGCAGACGGGCUAGAGGCCUGUUGCGAGACCGCAAGCGGCCUGUCUGGGAGCCGCCGGUGCAUCGCUCCGGCGACUGGAUCGAGGAGAACCCCAUGUCAGAAUCGGGUGCCAUGGACUGUCUUCUUCGACAAGGCUGCCAAUGCCCUCCCAAACACUACGCAUCUACCCACGAGUGCCUCAUUCCUGGACGUCGUCUGCAAUGCCUGCGAGAAAUCCAGCGCUGGCAAAAUUACCGACAUGUCGUUGAGGCAAUCGCUACCAAACUGCCCAAGGAACUCGUCCUCGAAAUCUUCGAAUACCUUGCCGCCGAUACCCAGCCUCAUCUUCACCUACAGCACAAGAGGUCGCUGGCGGGUGCAGCGAGAUCCAUGAUUGGCGAGUCAUCCGUCCUCACCCAGCUGCAGCCAUUGGCAGAGGAAGCCAUUCUCAACGCGUCCACCAUCAGCGUGAACGUGGCCUUUCAAGGCGAUCAGAGAGGAAAGGUUGCUGUCCUGGACGAGUUUGUGUCGACUCUCCGCCACCCCAUUCGACACUUCGAGUUGCCUGUGCAUAUCGAGAUUGCCUUUGAGCGCCAGCAAUAUCCUGCAGCCUUCUAUGGCGCAGCAGCGGGUAUGGGGUCGCUCUUGUCACAGCUGCCUCGUCUGCAAACACUUUACCUCACCCUACGGAUUGCACUCAGCCAACACCCAAGAGACCCUCACCGAGUGGGUGCCACGACCGACUUCUUGAACAUUCGUUGUCGAAAGGGCUUCAGCGGAACAACCACGUUCAAGCAAGCGAUCGUAGACCUUUUGGACGCGGCGCGGACAGGUGAACGUUGCCCAGCUGUGUCGCUAGAGCUGCGAUACGAGCACCCGGACAAAUGGCGGGCUCCGUGGCGACCUGAGCUGGAGACUUAUCGCGUUCAAGCCGGCGUUCGACCUGCACAGGAUGUUGUGGAAGAAGCAGACGCCAAUCAUCAGUGGUGA